AGCUAAAAGUAUUACACGUGACUGAUUAUUCCAAUUUUCAACAUUAUAUACCAAAAUCCCUCUAAACCCUGCUAAAAAAUACCCCACUUCCCUCUUUUCUGAAUCUUGUUUUUCUCACUUUCCCACCUUGUAUAUGAUCUCAUACUUACAUGACAUAGAUCUCCCCACUUAAUCAUUUUCUUAAUUACUCUGAUUAUUGAUCAUCAUCUAAAGUUAUUGGGUUUUGCAUUUCCUUAAAUUACAAGCAAAAAAAAGCAGAGAUUUUGUACCUGAAAAUCAUUGCUGGAUGCUGUUUGAGCUAAGCUUAUGACCCUAAAUUCUCAUAGAAAGAGAAAAAGGGUAUCUGUAAUUACCAAAAUGGAAGAUGGAAUUCAUCAUUUGGCUAAUUUCAUAAGGGAGAAAUUUGAAGCAUUGCCCCCUCUUUGUUCUAAAUGUUGCAUUUAUAAAGUCCCAAGAACCUUAAGAAAUGUGAACUUUAGAGCAUACAAGCCUUGUCUAAUUUCAAUUGGGCCCCUUCAUUAUGGUAACAAAAGGUUACAAGGAAUGCAAGAGCAAAAAUUAAGGUAUCUUCAAAACUUUCUAAGGAGAAAUGAAGAGAAAUCACUCAAUGAUUACCUAAAAGCCCUUAAAGAUUGGGAAAAAGAUGCAAGGGAUUGCUAUAUUGAGAAGAUUAAUUUAAGUAGUGAUCUAUUUUUAGAAAUGAUGUUGCUUGAUGGGUGUUUUAUAAUUGAGUUUUUCUUGAAUUGGUAUUGGGAAACAUUGGAUGAAGAUGAUAGAAUAUUUGGUAAACCAUCUUUAGAACAUGUAAUUAGAAGAGACUUAUUAUUGAUUGAGAAUCAAAUCCCAUUUUUCGUCCUUGAAGGUUUAUAUGAUCUUGUGUUCAAAAAUGAGUCAUUCGAGAGUUCCAUUGCACUUACUGAUCUCACUUCCGAGGUUUUGUUAGGGAAUAAAGAACUUUCGAAAAAGUUUAGAAAGCGCGAAAUCUUGCAUUUAGUCGAUUUUUUGAGAACAUACUUCCUACCCGAAAGGCUUAGGGACGAUCUAAACGAGCUAAACGAAAGCGCUUGUUGGGAGUUUCCGCCUGGCGCAGGGGAUUUACAUGAUGCCGGUGUGAAAUUCGUUGUGAACAAAACCGAUUCUUUGCUUGAUAUAGAGUUCAUAAAUGGUGUUUUAUACAUUCCCAAAUUCGAAGUCGAAGAUCAUACCGAAUGUAUACUCCUAAACUUAUCGGCAUUCGAGCAAUGUCACUACCAUUUUGAUUCAUACAUUGUGGAUUACAUACUUUUGAUGGAUGUUCUUAUAACUACAUUAAAGGAUGUUGAUAUUCUUCUAAGUAGUGGGAUUAUAACCAAUGCUUUAGGUAACAAUGAUGAAGUUGCACAUCUUUUUAAUACAAUUUGCAGAGAAACUAACUAUGAUGCUCAUAAAUUCUAUUACUCACGUACUUGUACGAGAUUAGUCGCUCACUCGAAAGCGCCAUGGAAUCGAUGGAAGGCGACGUUGAAGCAUGAUUAUUUCAAUAAUCCUUGGACUAUCAUUUCUGUUGUUGCUGCUGUUGUGUUGCUCAUUCUUACUGUUGUGCAAACUGCUUGUUGCAUCAUUGCUGCUAAACGAUGAGUUUUUAGUUUUUACUACAUUGAUUCGAGAAUCGAGAUCGUUUGUACAUAAGUUUUGAAGAAGUUAUCGUGAAUAAUACAAAUUUUUACUAUUU